AUGGCUUUCCCAAUCCUUUUCCUCUUCUUUCUGCUUAGUCUAGUACACGGGGCGGCCCUUCUUCCCGUCCGUGAUUACCCAACCCCUGGCAAGCCGUCCAUCUCCGUCACCGUCACCCUCGACUGGCUCUUCCCCACGAAGAGCGUCGACAUCUCUGCCCCGGGGACGACGGAGCCCUACGCAACGGCCACUACCGAAAGCCAAGUGACCGUCACCCUGUGCUCCUCAUCACGGGGACCCCCCUCCAAAAACCCCGACUACUCCCUCCCCCCAAUGUACACCUCGUCCGCCGGCUGGCCCGUGAGCCCCACGGAGAGACCCUCGUCGUACGAGGACUACUCAACUCACUACCUGACGCCCUCGUCGUCCCCGUAUGCCUGGUCCCAGACCCCGAGGCCGACAACCUCCACCAGCACCACCACGGAGAUUUUCAGCGUGGAGCCUGGGUAUUCGCUCCCCGAGACUACUACUCCUUCGUGCUCCCAUUCUUACACUCGGAGGGCUUAG